UCGACGCACACACCCACAGACUCACUCACACAACUGCGGGCCAUUACGUCAAUAUGGCAAUCUGUCAAACGCACAAUUACAACAAAAACAUUGACAGUUGGUCAAUAGGUGCGCACAGGAUACGGAUUUUGCUGGAUUUGCCAAAGAGCUAAACACGCGAGGACUUAAAGCUGCGUCCCGCAAUUCGCCGAGGAAAAUGCUGCCUCAACCGCCGCCCCACGGAUUGAAGGUGAUGUCGGGGGCAGAGGAGAACCGCCACUACUUGCGCGCCUUCAUCCAAACGUACCGGGAUCUGCCCGUUCUGUGGGACACCUCGCUGCGAGACUACACCAACCGAGAGAAGCGGGCGGAGGCCUACCUGCGCCUGGUGCCCAUCUACCACUACCUGAAGCGGGACGCCACCGUGGAAGAUGUGAAAAAGAAGAUCAAUACGCUGCGCACGAACUACCGCAAGGAGCUCAAAGUCGUGGAGAGCGCGAUGCGGGCGGGGAGUCUGCACAGUCCGCGGUGCUGGACGUUCCAGGAGCUGGACUUCCUGCGCAACUCGGAGAAGUUUCUGGCCGUGAAUCCCGCCUUCAAAAACGAGCCCUCCUUCGCCUUCAGCGAGGGCAGCAAUUGCACCACCGCCUUCCUGGAGGGCACAGGACCCAAUUCCCUGCAUUAUCCAGCAGCUCGUGCCGGUGGACAAACGCCCAAUAUCUCGGAGAUGUUCCACAAGUCAUUCGGUCCACCACCACCGCCUCCGCCGACAGUGAACCAUGGCGAGUAUGUGACCACCACCACCAACAAACGAGCCAGGCAAACGCCGCCCUGUCCAGCGGCAGGAACCGGUGGGACCUCUGCCCACAACACGGACGAGCUCCUGAACAUAGCGUGCGAGUAUCUAGCCGGUACCUAUCCCGAGGAGGAGUCCAUUGCCCGCACCUGGACGCACAAGCUGAAGCGACUGCCGCGCGAACAGCGCCUCUUGGCCGAGCGCUUCAUCAACGAGAUCCUGUUCGAGGCCGAGUCCAACAACCUGCACCGCGGCUCCGUGCAAAUCAACAACAGCUUCGAGCCCUACGUGCGAUACGAUGAGCCUGCCAGUGGACCCGAGGAGCAGGACAAGUCCCAGAGCCCCAGCGUGCACACCUCCAGCGAAUCCAAACCGAAUGUGGGCGGCGGGGGAGCAGGAGGUACGGGAGCUGUGGGUAACCCCAGCACAUCAUCGGGCAUCAGGGAGUUCUAGGUUAAGUUAGUUACCUAAGUGUUAUUAAGUUUUAAUGGCCAAAUGGGGGGCGACAUGGCAUCGACAGUCUAACAAGGAGAAUCAACAAAUAAAUAAACCUGUAAAUAAAA